AAUGUUGGCAAAACUGUAACAUAAAUGUCAAAAUUUCGAAAAUUUUAACGGACGGAAACAAGAAGGUUGUUUGUACGAAAGUUUACUAAUAAUUUUACAAAUAAAAUAACAAUAACGGUGCAUAAUGUGUUAAAGUGUUUGUUUAAAAGCCAUGGAGCCGUCAAAGGAAGCCAUCGCUGUUCGGCUGACCCGUCUCAAUCGCCAGAUAUUGGGGAAAGUGACGAGUGGGAACACAACGAAUUUUAGCAAAAGAACUAUAGACCGCGAAGCUCUGCUUGAUGCGCUUACAGUUCUCUACGACGAGUGUAAUGAUGACCCCGUCAAGAAGUGCGAUGAGCUGGUGCGAGCAUUCGUUGAUAAAUACCGCAGCACAUUGGCGGAGUUGCGCAGGACGAGGGUCUGCAUCGCUGACUUCGAAUUACUUCAAGUUAUUGGAAGAGGACACUUUGGAGAUGUUCAUAUGGUGCGUGAGAAGCAGACGGGCGACGUGUACGCGCUCAAAGUCGUGCGCAAGGAGGCGGCGGCGCGGCGCGCGGCGUGCGCGGGCGACGAGCGCGACGUGCUGGCCGCCGCCGCCGCGCCCUGCCUGCCCAAGCUGCAGUACGCCUUCCAGGACAACACAAACCUGUACCUAGUGAUGGAGCUGUGCUCGGGCGGCGACCUCGCCUCUCUUCUCUCUCGCCGCUCGGAGCCGCUGUGCGAGCGAGACGCCGCAUUCUACGUCGCGGAGACUGCGCACGCGCUGCGCACGUUGCAUAAUCUAGGUUUCGUGCAUCGCGACGUCAAACCGCAUAAUAUAUUGCUGGAUCGAUGCGGCCACAUCAAACUAGGCGACUUCGGCUCCGCCACCCGCCUGUCCUCCGACGCUGCGGCGCCGCCGCCCGCCACGGCGGAUUACGUGGCGCCCGAGCUGCUGGCGGCCGCCGCCUGCGCCGCGCGACACGCCGUCUGUCUCGACUGUUGCCGGGGGCUCGCGCCCGCGCCCGCUACGGCGUGCGACUACUGGUCGCUGGGCGUGGUGGCGUUCGAGCUGGUGACUCUGCGGCGGCCCUUCUCCUCGGAUGAUGAUGAUUCUGUCGCGCUUAUACUUAGUAAUAUACAGAGAUACGAGCGCUCAGACCCCGCCGAGCUCCCGUUCGCCCCGCCCCCCGCGCCCCCGUCCCCGCAGUGGCGCGCGCUGGUGGCGGGUCUACUCCGAGUGCACGCCUCCAAGCGGUUCAACUAUCUGGACACGUUGCAGCAUCCCGCGCUCAAGCACUUGACCAUGCACACUAUUAGGGACCAGGCGCCCCCGUGGGUCCCCUCGCUGCGCGGGCCGGAGGACGCGUCGUGCUUCGCCCCCGCGCCCCGCGAGAAGCCGCCCGCCCCGCAGGCGCCCUUCCGCACGCGCGCGCCCUUUGCCGGGCAACUGCCCUUCGUUGGUUUCUCGUACGUGGCUCCGGAGGACAACGAGGACAGCAUCAGCGGCGGCGGGUUCAACGCGUCGCACGACUGCACCGCCAUCGACCUCGCCACCUUCAAGUCAGCCGAGAAGCUAGCAGUAAUGCGUGCGCGCGAGAUCGCCUCCCUACAGGGGCGGCUGGCGGCGGCGGAGGCGGCGGCGGCGGCGGACGCCGAGCACGCGCGCCGCGGCGCCGAGGCGGAGGCCGAGCGAGUGCGGGCGGCAUUGCAGGCGGAGGUCACGGCGCUCAGUGCUCAGAACAAGCGACUCGAGCGCGAACUGGACAUAGACAAACAAGAGCGGAUGUCGCUCGAGCGAACCAUACAGGAAAUGACGUCAUCGGCCAAGGAGCGCGCCAACUCAGAGCUCAGAAGAAUGCAGGCGAAAGUGGCUGAGAUGGAGGUGGAACGGAACUUGUUGCGUGAAGAACAAAAGAGGUUGGAGACGAAGGUUGAAGAGAUGAAUGCGCAAUGUGAGAGGAACUUAGCGGCUGCGGACUCGGCUAGAGCACAACAGAGGCAUUAUAAGGAGAUAAUAGGCUACGUACAAGAUUUGAGUCACAGAAGACUGACGGAAAUCAGCGUGCGGCCUAUUGAAUCCAUGGCGAAAGAGCGCGCCCUCCGGCGGCAGACGCUCAGCGGUUGCGAGGCGGACAGCCGCGCGGUCGGCGCCCGUAUCGCCGCGGCCGAGGCCACCGCCGCCAAGGAGACGCGGGCUAAAGACGAGGCGGAGAGGAAGCUGUUGCAGGCCGAGCAGACUAACCGCACGCUCCAGGUUGAAUUGAGUGGUGUGAAAGAGGAGCUGGGGAGGGUACAGGAGUGCUACAGCGACAAGAAGCGCGUUUCGGAAGCGUCUUCCGAACAGCUGAGGCAGGCGCAGCUGCAGCUUACAGAAGAAAAGGUCAAGUCCGCCGCGCUGCUGGCGCAAGUACAGGAGUUACAAUCAGAACUCGCAGAAGUGCACCGUCGUGAGGCGGCGCUAGAAGAGCUGGCGUCACGCACGGAGCGGCGCCUGCAGGAGCGAGUGAAUGAUGCGGAUAGUAGAGCAGCCAGUGCGGCUGAGGAGAAUGCCAGGCAUCGGGAGAAGGUGAACUCUCUGGAACAACUAGUCCGGCAACUAGAGCGCGAGGUGAGCGCGCUAGAAGCCCGCAAGAAGGACGCACACAGCGACGCGCACAGCGACACGGAGAGCGUGGGCGAGGACGCGCACAGCGGUGCGCAAGUGCAGCUAUUGAAGGAACAGCUGGCGAGGGCCGAGGCGCAGUUGCAGGCACGUACAGAAGAGAUGGCGGCAUUACGGCAAGAAGCGAGAACGGCCAACCUCGAGAGAUGGCGCAAGGAGCGCGAGUUGAACGACCUCUCUGUCACACACAAGACAUCGGAGAGGGAGCUAAAACGACUCGAAGAGCGGAUCGACCGCGCCACGGAACUACGCAAGGCGGCGGAACAGAAGGCCGCGGCGUUGCAGACUGAAGUGGACAGUCUUAGGCCCCGCUGUGAGAGUGUUAGCAAGGAGUUGGAAUUGACGAAGAAGAGGUUGGAGAGGCUGAUGAAGGAACACGAGGUGGCUUCGGCGGAGGUUGAUAGGUCACGCAACGACAUCCUGAAGCUGAAGAGCGAGCUCCAGUACAGCGAGAAGCGGCGCAUCAGAGCGGAGCAACAGGAGGAGCUGGGGGGCCGCGAGCGCGCCGCACUAAGGGACGACGCCGCCGCCGCGAGGGCUGAGGCAGCUAGUCUGGUGCAGAACAGCAAGGCUCUUCAGGAGGCGUGCAGCUUGAUGGAGGAGCAGCUCACAGACCUGGAGCGACUCACGGACCUGCACGAGCAAAAGAACAAGGAGUUAGAGAAAGAGGUGGAGUCCCUUCGCUCCGAGCUAUCGUCUUGCUCCGUCAAGUUGGCGGCGGCGGAGCGCGCGGCCGUGGAGCGAGACAGCAAGCUGCGCGAGACAGAGAUAGAGUGCGAGGAGGCCAAGGAGCAGUUGGGGCAGGCGCUCAACGAGAUUGAUGUUUUGAGGGACCGUCUAGACGACCGCACCGACCGCAUCGCCUCACUCGAAUCCCAACUCUCCUCGUCAGAGGACGAGCGUCAAUCCCUCUCCCAGUGCCUGGCGGGCGCGGGGAGACACUCGCAUGCUCUGCAAGAGGAGUGUGCGGCGCUGAGGACACGCGCCGCCGAGCGACACCGCCAGGCCAUGGAGCUGCAGCAGCAGCUUAAUGAUGCACAGGAGGAGAUAGCGGCGCUGAAGGAGGCGGCGGACGCGGCGGCGGCGUGGUGGCGCACGCGCGAGACCAAGGCCGACGCCACGCUGCGGCAGCAGGCCAAGCUCAUCGACUUCUUGCAGACGAAGAUAGAGGAGGGCAAGCACAAGAAGUCUCACAAGUGGUUCGGCAAGUCGCCGGCGCGCGGCUCGGCCGGCUCGCCGCCGCUGCGACGCGCCAACAGGGAGUUGCGUGAUGAAGUGGGGCGGCUCCGCAAGCAACUGUCGUCCGUAAGCGGCAGCGGCAUCAACGACACGUUGGCAACACCAAAACGCGACACUUUCAAGAAAGCGAGAGAUCUCAAUAUUAACAAAUCAUUAGAAGGAGAGAAAAAGACUCAAGUUAAUGGUGUAAUGAGCAUUGACAUGCCUGAUGGAACAAAAUCCAGCAAGGAUGACGACGAUACGGUCAAAAUUGUUUGGAGCGACGGUCACGUGCAAGAGCGCGUACGAGUGCGCUGUUCGUCGGGGGCACUCAUUAUAGUCCGCGACGGCCGCGAACUGCGCGCCCGCCUCGUGUCUACCACCACGCAGAACUUGCUGCAUAAUGAGGCACAGAGGGGCUUUACUAUAAAAAUCGACUCAGAUUCCACCCCGUCGGAAGCGAGCGUAGUCUGUUCCACCAUCGAACAGCGCGCGCAAUUCAUCACUCAACUCACGCCGGCAGCGAGCCGCGGGUACGCGCCCGCCGAGACCGCGCGUCUGAGCGACGACGCCGCCGUGGCGUGCUGGCUGGGAAGUGAUGCUGUUGCUUUUGGUUGCUCCAAGGGCAUCUACUCGCUGCGCGGGCAAAUCCGCCUCGAGCACAAAGAGCAGCACAUGUGGGACGGGCCGGUGUCGGCGCUGGCGGCCGCCGCGACCCGUGUCGUCGUCGUGAGCCGCGGGCAGGUGCUACACGGCAGCCUGCAUGCGCUGGAGUCGGCCCUGCGCAGAGCUCCCAACCUGAGCCCCACGUUGCAAGUCGAGAAGGUGUACUGUUUGCCUGAAGGGACCACGUAUUCUUUGCUACAGGCCAUCCAAGGCGACGCUCCAGACGCCGCGUGUGUGGCCGUGGCGGGCAACCAGCGCGUGUUCUUGCUGCGGUACGACUUCUCCCGCGAGGCGUUCACGACGUCCCGCUCGCUCACAGUGGACCGCCGCCCCUCCUCCCUCCUGCUCACACCCGCCGCGCUAUACAUAGCCGGAGAACGACCGCUCAAACUCAAACUACCGUCAGGCGUACUAGAACACUUCGCCAUGGAGAAUGCCACAGUUUCCGCAGCGGCCAAGAAGCACAGCCCGCCCAAAGCCAUACUACUGAUACGAGAGCAUCCCGCAGAAAUACUCAUCUGCUACAACGAGUGCGGUGUGUUUGUGGACGAGAACGGAAAGAAGACGCGGUCGGAGGAACCGAAGUGGUCGAUUGCCGCCGAUCGCUUCGAGUUUGUCAGUCCGUUCUUGUACAUAGUAGGCAGUGAAAUGAUCGAUAUAGUGCAUGUGAAUGACGAGUCAUACCGCGCGCCACCCUGCACUUGCGACACCGACUCUGUUGCCUCCUCCGACUGUUAUGCCACUGAACACGUCUUCCAUCUCAAAGUCACAGACUGCACGUUCCUCGGAAAAGCACCUAACGGCAUCCUAAUACAGUCCAAAGUCGGGGGCAAUCUGGUGAUAUCGACGGUAGAAGGCAUGGCGGCGUUCAGAAGCAUCGGCGCUUCGGUGGAGUCCCUCGCUACUAUCUCAGACACGAAGGGCUCUACCGUCAGCCUGGCGCAGUCAACGACCGACCCGAGCACGGAGGAGUCCUCGCGCGACGCGUCUCGCCGAGAGAGUGUUGAGAGCAGAGAGCAGGAGACCGCGUUCCAGGCGGAUAUUAGAAAGAGAGCGACUCAGUUGCGACAAAAGCAACAGAGGCAGGCGGCUCCAUCGAAUGACGUCAUCAAAGCGGUUCUCACCACAGAGCUGAGUCUCAAGAGAAGCUCUAAAGGCAGUCGCAAGUCGGCGCCGAUAGAAGAGGAGACUGACUCCGACACUAGUCAGGAGAAGGAGAAUAAACCGAGGAAUCCAGCGGAUUUGUGCGCAGAGAUGUUCACUAAACAAGUGAAGUUCCAAAAGAUCUGAUGUGUUGCUCAACGUAUUGUAAUUUAUUAGACCAAGUGUUAGUCACAGAUAUAACAGCAUGAAUACCUCUUGAUAUAAUUACGUAAUCUUCUCUUUGGCUAAGAUUUGUGAAUAUGCAAUACCUAUAAGUAGCCACAAUUAACUGAGUAAUUCCACAGCUCUACAUUCCUACAAAUUACAUAGAACUCAUAUGUAUGCAAUGUUUUACUUCAUACUUUAACCUUUUAUUUAUUGGCUAAGAUUAACACAGCCUCUACUGAUGUGCUCUAUUACGUUACGAAUAGGUUUUGGAAGUUCGAUAAAUAAUUUGCACACAUUUAGUCGCUCAGUACUUAACUUAGUUACCCUACGGUAAGUUAAUAUUUAACUACUAACGCCUCUCUAGAAUAUAAAUACUAAUACAUAAUUAGGUUCACUAUUUAUGAUUAUGAUUAGUUUUAACUUAUUGCAAUAAUAAUAGAUAAAGGUGCAGUAUUCGAAUUUUGCUAUAAUUUAACUCCCACUUUUUCCGUCAUUCCAGUAAACAAAGGAAUAGCUUAACGGGGUUUUUUUAACAUUUUAACAAAUUCCUGCAAUUAGAGGCAUAAUAACGGAUUUGACUUCACUUUUAGACGUAUGGAAUGAUUCUUUUAAUUCUUGCCAUCGUUUUUUUCUAAUAAGUAUUAAUUUUCAAUUAUUGUGAGGACCAAUUUUACUGUGAUUUUAUAAGAUUUUAAUUGUGUUUAGACUUAGUUGUAUUACAGUGUAAUGUAACAUUAUUUUAAGGGAUGUUUGUUUUGUACUCUAACCUGUUGAAAUAAAAUUUAUAUUUCCAUAAA